AUGGCCCCUUGUGUGUGGUCUGAUGGCAGCCUGAAACACUCUAUUGACAUUUACGCUUACGAUAACUUCCAUUGCGACGACGACGCCGAACAACCAGAGGGCAUAUUCGCCGCCACAGAAGAGCUGCGCACUCACCUCAACUCCACGCCACCUUAUUCCCCAAAAGAAAAUGUCGUGUUUGAAGCCCUCUGUCGAAUAGUGCAUGGAUCGAAUUUGAUCGAAGGGGCAGGAACAAGUCCUGUUUGCACAACAGGUCUCUGGCGAUCCUCUCUCGGAAGACAAACCCCCGAACAUCUCUCGCAGAAGCAUAUCGUCUACCGUUGGCUUAAGCUGGAGCAGCCCAGACGAGAGCGGACUGACGACGAUGCGACAAUACAAAAAAUCUACCGCGAAGUGGUACAACAUCUCUGCGCCCUCAUGUUUCUUCUUGACGAAAUUGUGCUGCAGGACAAGCCAUUCUCAGAGGAGUUGAUACCUGAAGCUCACAAGAUCUUGACCUAUAAGGUUGACUCUGCUGCUGACAGCUACAACGUCUACGGCGGCGUGUACCGUACCACAGACGUCUGCGCUGGCCUCACUACGUUCACAGCCCCUGAGCACGUCCCACGCGAGAUGCGCGCCUUGAUCGCGGCACUGUCGUCCGAGAUACUCGCGGCUGAACAAGUUGGCCACAUCGACCCUUACUUACUGGCAGCAAAGUAUUGUCACAAGUUUAUCAACAUCCAUCCCUUCGUUGAUGGCAAUGGUCGUAUGUGUCGACUGAUCCUCAACAUCCUGCUCUUCAAAUAUGCAGGUGACUUUUGCGUUCUAGGAGAAAACGAGCAAGCAAAAGAUGAAUAUCUAUCCAUUGCAGUAAGAGGCAGUCAAUCAGAUCAAACCUGGAAAGAAUCAGAUGAAGAGGAAGCUGCAUCCAUGAAACCACCAUGGGGCGAACUUGCUCUUCUUAUUCUGCGUCAGUCGAGGAAAGGUAUGCAAGAAGUCCUUCAGCACGAGACGUUUCUCAGAAAUCCUCCCAAGUGUUUUCAUAGGAGCGUGCAAGCUGGUCAUGAGGUUGCGGAGGGUUCUUCAAGCAAGACAGAUGAACAAACAUGA